CGUCACUCAGGUUUUCCUGGCUGCCAGUCUCCCAGCGUCCCCAGCUUUCCAGGUAGGGACGCCCCCUCCCACGCAGCGCGGUUCGGUCGGGUGGGAAGGAGGGGCUGGCCUCCGAGCGCCCGCCCCUCCAUCUAUCACAUGGCCGGAGAGCCACAAAAACAACAGCUUUGGCCAAGACCGUGACUUCAGGAAAGGAAACCCGGGGCUCUCGCAGCCGGCCCCCACCCCAUGGAGGAGAGUUUUCUUGAAUCCUUUGGGAGGCUGAGCCUCCAGCAGCAGCAGCAGCAGCAGCAACCUCGGCCGCCGGCCCCGCCGCCCCCGCGUGGGACACCUCCGCGCCGCCACAGCUUUAGGAAACAUCUCUACCUCCUGCGAGGCCUCCCGGGCUCGGGGAAAACUACACUGGCCAGACAAUUGCAACACGACUUUCCCAGGGCUCUGAUUUUCAGCACGGAUGAUUUUUUCUUCAGGGAAGACGGUGCCUAUGAGUUCAAUCCUGACUUCCUGGAGGAAGCACAUGAAUGGAACCAGAAAAGAGCCAGAAAAGCAAUGAGGAAUGGCAUAUCCCCCAUUAUUAUUGAUAAUACCAACCUCCACGCCUGGGAAAUGAAGCCCUAUGCAGUCAUGGCACUUGAAAAUAACUAUGAAGUUAUAUUCCGAGAACCUGACACUCGCUGGAAAUUCAACGUUCAAGAGUUAGCAAGAAGGAACAUUCAUGGAGUCCCAAGAGAAAAAAUACACCGGAUGAAGGAACGGUAUGAACACGAUGUUACCUUUCACAGUGUGCUUCAUGCGGAAAAGCCAAGCAGAAUGAACAGAAACCAGGACAGGAAUAACCCAUCACCUUCCGACGGCGCAGGAUACUGGAAUCCCUGCGCGGAGUUUCCCACCCGGAGGGCUCAUGGGGGCUUCACAAACGAGAGCUCCUUUAACAGAAGAGGCGGCUGUCACCAUGGAUAUUAGAGGCCUAUCAUACAGGCAUUCACAAUUUUCCUAAAUCAGUUUUUACCGCAACUUUUGGUAUUUAUUCUUUGUUCAGUUUUAGCCAGAGCUCUAAUUCCCGUGUAAAUAGUCGGACCUGAAAGUUUUUCAGCAGAAGUCAUUAUAUUCAUUUUCAACAAGCACUUGUUAAAAGUGAUCCUCUAUGCAUGGUCUGAUGCUGGAAUUCUGAUUUGAUUAAACAAAGUCACUUUCUUUAGGGAACCAAUUGGAAACGGAACCCUGAAAACGUACCCAGUCACAUAAGUUCAAUAUACAGAAGCUUCAGUACCACUUCCUCUCAAGUAAUCUAUUUUUCCAGAAAACCCAUCUCCAUCAGGAAGGUUGGAAAGGUGGGGGAGAAGUGGGAGACAGGAAAAUGUUAGUGCCAUUGCUACUUUGAUAAGCCGUGUAUCCAAAAAAUGUGAGAUGUGUGGCUGUCACGAUGAGAGUGGUUUUCCUCUAAAAUGCAUAUGCCAGAGAGCAUACAUCUAAGGGAAUAUCGUCCUUCAAAGUAGACUCUUUGGGAAAUUAUCCCUUUAUUCUCGUGAUGUGUCAUUGUUAAAAAGUCUUUUGGAUCCUUCUUGAUAGCUCUAAAAGCUACUGAGGAAAAUCAGUGUCAUUAUUUAAAGUCACAUCUUGUGUUUUAACUACCACUGUAUCGAAUAGGAUUAAACAUGAUGAACUUUUUGGCUGUUGUGCCAAUAGUGGAAAUUAAAGAAGCCUGACUUUAUAAAACACCAGUUUUUAAGAGGAAAAAAUUAAGCAGUUUUUAGACAUGUGCAUAAUCAGUUGGCUGCCCAAAUGUUUGGGAGCACAAGAAUUAAGCAUCCCAAGAUAGAAAUCAUAUAGGGAUACGUAAAAGUCAUGCUCAUUGCAAGAUGAGCAGUCUUGGCGAUUUAUGUGGCAUUAAGACAAUAAAGUUCUACCACAACUCUGGGAUGUCCCUCUUAAACCAAUCCUGAAUUUAUGAUUCCAAAUCAAGUCUCCACAGGUUAGAAUCAGAUUAAUUUGGUGUGAGACCAUGAUAGAUAAGAUCACGUAGGAUGUAUGCUUUAUUUCUUGUUGGCCAACAGCUUCUUUAUAAUGUUCUGUGAAAUAUUAUUUGAAGUGUCCUAUAUAAUGGUGCUUUUAUGGUUAUUAAAAAUUAUCUAUGGUAUUGCUUUAUAUGAAUUUGUCAUUGAAUCUAGACUGCUUUAAUGAUAUAAAAAAAUUAAUUGCCUAAAUUCCACAGAAUUCUACCCUAUUAAGAACCAGUUUUUCUAUAUCAUAAACUUAUUUACCAGUCUUCUUUAGUAAAUAGGAGACAUAAAGACAAAAGCAACCUUGCAUUUUACAUGCUUAUAUAAAUUAUUUGAUCUGCAUACAUUGGAAAGACUAUUACUUUAGCAUUUUAAUACCUGACACUAUUGACAUCUUAUGGCUUUUUAUUCACCUUGUCUGAGUAACCACUCUGAUAUGGCCCCAGGUUUAGAUCCAGAGAUUUUAAAGAGCUCAGGAGAGUAAUUUCCCUAUUUGUCUCUUUUUUCCCCUGGAUGACUCCUGAAAUACUUGGUUUGGAAACAUAAACAUAAUUGAUUAAAUGCUGCCAACUUUGUCCCAGCUAGAAGUGAUUUAUUUUUUCUCUCAGUUCCCAAGGUUCCUGAUUUAUGUAAUUUUUUGAACACUCAACUUUAACCUGUAGUUUUGUAUUAUUAACGUUUGUAUCGUUCACAGAGCCGGCAUAGUGCUUUACGUACAAGAUAGGGCCUCGUUAAGUAAUUGUUGAGUAACACAAACUGCUUUUACCAUUAUCCCUAAUCCUAUGGUGUACAUUGACUUUGUAAUCAUUGUCACUUCUUAGGGGAUAAUAUCCGCAUAUACUUAAGCUUCAUAUUUUGCUUAUAGAGCUUCCUAUAUUUUUUACAAUGUGUAAAAAAGGAGUGUGUGCAUGAGAUCUCUCUAUAAUGUGUGGUCUAAAUGGUAAGAAUAGAGGACAUAGUAGCAGUUCA